AUGCAAGCAGACAAAGUGAACGAAUGCGAUACCGAGAAGAAGAUGGAGUCGUUUACACCGUACAUGCCGCCAGAGGUACUGCAGAUGGUAUUUCAUGAGCUGGAUUUCUUCGAUCUCCUACGUUGCCAGCAAGUCUGCAAGACCUGGCGUGCAUACCUUCCAGGCAACGACCCGAAGCUUCGUGACAAGCUGUUCGUCAACCGUAACAGGACCCAGGAUUCCCAGGGUGGUGGCAACGACAAGAAGAAUAGUAAAAUCCAUGAACUCCACCGUGAUUUGCUUCUGGGUUUCAAUCUUGGGGUCAAAGAGUGUGUAGAAGGACUUGGAAGUUACACGAUCAUACCCCCGACCGUGAUCUUUCCGGUGUAUGCCCCCUUCUGGCUCCGUAUAAACGACGUUUCAGCAGCUAUUAUAGUCCAUCCUAUGGUCGAGAAGCUGCACAAAUACUUUGACAUCAUUUUCGGCUCCUCGUUUGAAGUUGGCGAUGAUAGACAGCAGCGGCACCACAAAUAUUACACACGAAAUGACCUGACGGCUGCGAUUGAAGCAUCCAAGAAGACAGCCAAAGACAAAAAUGAGUCAUGGAAGGACAUGCUAGUGUGUGUUCCGCCUCUUUCGGAGAUCAGAAUUGGACUCAGAUUUGGAAUCAGAUUUGAAGUAUACAUGAACAAUACUGAAGGCUUUUCCAACGGCGCCACUCCACCCUCUUUCGGCGACCUCACUGAAAGCUAUAUGCACCACUGCAGGAUCUAUGCUGAGAAUAGAGGUGGCGUGACCAUAGGUCAGGUCAUUGAUGUCAUCCACAAACACCUAGACAUUUGGGUAACAGACUGA